UCCGCCGGGCCGCAGCCACCGCACCGCCCCCAUGGCCGCCACCGCCGCCGGCGCCGGCAAGUCGCUGAUCCAGACCUUCCGCAAAUUCUUCAAGAAGCCGUGGGAGAUCACCGGCCCGUGCUCCUCGCCGGAGUACCGCAGCGCGGUCCCGGGCGCGCUCGAGUACCGCCAGACCUGCCCGGCCACCCUGCGCGACGACUCCCCCAGGGCCGUCAUCCCCACCUCCGACCCGGAGACCGUCUACGACAUCAAGUACUUCCCCCGCGACGGCCGCCGCAACCGCCCGCCCGUCCGCCGCACCCUCCUCCGCAAGCCCGACCUCCAGCUCUACAUGGCCGCCAAGCAGUUCGACCCCGCCAAGGACUUCCCUCCACCCUACGUCAAUACCGCCGUUGAGGAGGACUACAACGCCGUCGGCGGUGGCUACACCCAGUGAUCCAGGUCAUGUGGUCACACUCCAGCGGAUGCCAUUUCUGCUCUUCCUUCGAAGUCUUUUUUUCUUUUGUUUCAGAGGAAGUUUCUUGUUGUAAAAGAUGAUGGCGGCAAUAAUAUUGCACUUGCGAACUAAACCGGGAUGCGCCUACCUUGUAAGUUGUGUUACAGAAGUCAACCAGCCCAACGCUUAUGUGAUUUAACGAAAUUAUGGAAAAUUUGAAUCUUA